UCUGUUACAGGCGCUUGUUCGUUGAGACAUAUCGACAUAGAGUAAACCCGAAACACAUUCGCUUUGGACUUUUAUUUUGUUGAACUUUAAGUGUUUCGAGCUGUAUUUUGGAUCCCGUUUUUCUGAAUCCAAACUUUUUUCCUCUUCUUUUAUCUCUGAGGUUAAUAACGCGGUUAAAGUAGGCCUACGCAUCUCAAUUCGACCAUCUUGACCUCCGUGCACAGUUAGGUGUCUCAGUGUUACUCCACACAUGGAGAAUUACAGGAUGAUAGUGGAGUUUAACUAGAAUUACCCUGGCAGGAGACGAGGUGAUCGUUGUGAUGAAGGAUAGACUGGCUGAGCUGACUGCUAGUAGGACACCAGGAGAGGAGGAUGUUGCAGUGGCAGUGGAAAGAGAUGGCUUCAUGGAGAGUUUCUUCAGAAGGGUGGAAGAAGUCAGAGGACUCAUUUAUAAGAUUUCCUAUCAAGUGGAAGAGGUGAGGAAGAUGCACAGCAUGAUCCUGACUGCACCCAACCCUCAUGACAGAACAAAGGACCAACUGGAUGCUCUGACCAACGAUAUCAAAGGGAACGCCAACGUGGUGCGGACUAAACUAAAAUCCAUGGAGCAAAGUAUGCCUAAAGAUGAUGCAGCUAACAGAUCCACUGUUGACUUUAGGAUCCAGAAAACACAGCACACAGUUCUGUCCAGGAAGUUUGUGGAGGUCAUGACCCAGUACAAUGAGACUCAAGUGUCCUUUCGGGAAAGAAGCAAAGGAAGGAUCCAGAGACAGCUGGAGAUAACUGGAAAAGCCACCACCAAUGAAGAACUAGAAGCCAUGUUAGAAAGUGGAAAUCCAUCAAUCUUCACAUCUGAUAUAAUUUCUGAUUCCCAGAUAACACGUCAGGCACUAAAUGAGAUAGAGUCACGACACCAGGACAUCAUGCGCCUGGAGACGAGCAUCAGAGAGCUGCAUACAAUGUUUAUGGACAUGGCAAUGCUGGUAGAAACUCAGGGGGAUAUGAUUAACAACAUUGAAAAUAAUGUCUCGAAUGCAGUGGAAUACAUAUGUAGCGCAAAGGAAGAGACCAAAAAAGCAGUGAGAUACCAGCAAAAAUCUCGGAGGAAAUACAUUAUCCUGGCCUUUGCUCUGUUGACCCUGCUUGCUGUUAUUGCACUAAUUGUGGGCCUGUCUGUCGGACUAACCAAACCUCCUGUAUGAGAACGACUUUGUGAGAAACGUCUCGGCCUGGCCAUGUGUGGGGGCGUCGCAGGUUUCCUCCUUUUACUCAUAAUAGUUGGAAUCUUUGAGUGAUGGACUUCCUGAAUCACACCCUGACGGCAGUCAGCUGUAGUCAGCUUGUGUUGAGAUUUAACAGCUUCAUAAUAAGUCACCCCCUAUCCAACAGCUUUACAGAGAGGAUCUUGUAUAAUGUUGGGGAUCGACUUUGCACCAGUAAUAGCAGACCGCAUAAUACAAUGUUCUGGAGCAAUACUAUAUAUCUAGAAUAAAGCAUCCUGUGAGCACACAGCCCUUUUUCUUAGCUGGACGGCUGCACUAUAUGAGCAAGAUAUGCAAUAUGCAAUAACAUUGUUGAAUAUUGCAAUACUGAUAAAACUUGCAAUAAGAAAAGUUAUAUGAAAGAUUACGUAUUUCUUCCUUUUUUUUUGCUUUCAAACACAACAACGAGGAAAUUAUGUCCAACACUUUUUUAUGAAAGUGAAGACAAAAGGGACACAAAAAAGAUAGUUUCAGAAAGAAUUCAAUAAUGCAGUCUUUUGCAAUAUGUAUCAACAAGUUAAUAUUGCAAUGAUUAUUAAAACAUUCACACUGUAUAAAUCUUAACUCAACACUUCUUGGUCUAAUGACUUUAAAAUGGCUUUGAAUCACAUUACAUUUUUUGUAAAUAAGCUUAUUUGCCUUCUUGCCCAGAGUUAGAUGAAAAUAUUUAUACCACUCAUGUCUGUACAGUAAAUAUGAAGAUAUCACUAGCAGCCCGAUAGCUUAGCUUGAAGACUUGAAACAGAAGCAAGCCUGGCUCAGCCAAAAGUAACAAAUGUGGCAUGAGGGUUUACAGGGGGUUAUGUGCCAACAUAUUUCUUGGCCUGGCGCAGUGACUUCAUGUUGUCAUUGUUAGGUUGCAAGGCAACUAGCAUAGGCUCCAUUAAGUCACUUCUCCUGGAACAUAGCCCCUCGUAAAAAACAUAAUCUGUCACUUUUACACUUCUGUUUGUGUGCAGAUUAAACAAACAAGAUAUACUGUGGCAGCUUGUUAGCCCUGCAGAUGAGGUUAGCUGAUUUGGUUUACAAUAGAAAGAGCCAGGGUAGCUGUUUACUUUCGCUCUCAUUCUUUGUGCUAAGCUAAAGUAACCAGCUGGCAGCAGACUCACUUUUAUCAUAUUGAAAUGAUAGAGAUCUCAUAUUUUUCUUGACGAGAAAUGUUUUGUACAUGGCUAGCAUCUUCUUAAUAUGAAAAAAUAUAUUACGACAAUUGUCUGUGUAAAUUGAUUGUAUAAUUUCAGUUUACAUUUUCAAGUCUACUCGUGUUAUCCUGUCCUCAUGUGUAUUUACUGUAAUUUAUGUGAAUCGAAUGUCAAUCUACUACAGCUCAGGAGUCCCUUAGAAAAAUAAAAUAGUAACCUUAAUUUAUAGAAUAUAUAUUUAUCAUGCUUUCAUGACUGAAAUAUAAUUUGCGAAAAAAGUCAUGCUGCAACGUAGGACUCUUGGAUUAUGUUAUUUUAAGAGCACACAUUUUCAUUUUGUAUCAUUAUUUUGUAUUUGUCUAUUUAUAUCUUGUAUUUUAUAUUGAAACUGAAUGAUGAAGUCAUGCAAUAC